GCGAGCGCCGCGCGUCCCCGGCAUCGAGGCCGCCCUGGUGGGUGCGCUUGUGAGCGACGCGGCCGUGGGCUCCAGGACCUUCUCCAGCGGCAAUUGUGAAAACAGAUUUCUGGGGGCUGAGAACUGCUGAACGAAGGAAAGAGAGCGACGCCAGCGGCCGACGUCAUCCGAGCGCGCCGGAAGUGGCCCAACCAUGAAGAGUAUGAUCUACCAUGCCCUUUCUCAGGAAGAGGCUGAAAAAUAUGAUGUGCAGCAGCAGCUAGGAGCACAGCGGGCAGAGGCCUUUGUAAAGGCCUUCCUGAAGCGGAGUGUCCCCCACAUGAGGCAGCAGCUCUGUGAGGACCAGCUGCAGCGCAAGGCUGUGGUCCUGGAAUAUUUCACUCGCCGGAAGCAAAGGGAGAAGAAGAAGAGAUCGAAAGGCCUCUCUGCCCGGCAGAGGCGGAGCCUGCGGCUGUUUGAUAUCAAACCAGAGCAGCAAAGGUACAACCUUUUUCUCCCUCUGCAUGAGCUCUGGAAACAGUACAUCCGGGACCUGUGCAAUGGUCUGAGGCCAGAUACGCAGCCACAGAUGAUUCAGGCCAAGCUACUCAAGGCAGAUCUUCAUGGCGCUGUCAUUUCAGUGACAAAGUCCAAGUGCCCCUCGUACGUGGGCCUGACCGGAAUCCUCCUCCAGGAGACGAAGCAUGUGUUCAAGAUCAUCACCAGAGAGGAUCAGCUCAAAGUGAUCCCCAAACUAAACUGUGUGUUCACAGUAGAAAUCGAUGGCUUUAUUUCCUACAUUUAUGGGAGUAAAUUCCAGCUGCGGUCAAGUGAGCGGUCUGCCAAGAAGUUCAAGGCCAAGGGAACCAUUGACCUGUGAACUCGGAGGCAGCUGAGACCUGAUACCCGGGCUGCCCCAGCUUUCCCUGAGGAGAUCGGGUUACAGACCUCUGCACACAGUGCCACCCUGCAAGGGACCUGGGGGGCAUGGAAGGAAGCAGGACCUGACAUUUCUGGGUGACGGCCCUAGAGAGACAAGAUAGGCAGAAAUCACAAGAACGAGCCCUGGCUGACCGAAGCAUAGGAUUGUUAGUUUAUAUCUUUAGACUUACCUGUUUUCUAGAUGUUCUGGAAUGUUUGUUUAUCAUGCAGUAAUAAAAUACACUCAUAGGCAUAAAUACUCUGCAAAUUAGAAAUCACUGCUACUGGGCACUACGGCUCAUACCUAUAAUCCUAGCUACUGAGGAGGAUGAGAUCUGAAGAUUGCAGUUCAAAGUCAGCCUCGACAGGAAACCCCAGGCGACUGAUUUCUGCUUAAGCAAAAAAAGCUGAAAGUGGUGCUGUGGUUCAGGUCCCCAGUACUGGCACACACACACACUUUUUUUUUUUUUAAUUGGCAAAGAGCAAGCAGAAAGCAUCUGGCUCCGAGCUGCACUGAGACCUGACUGAAGCCAGCCUGGGACCAAGAUGGCCACGUGCUUGCUCAUCUAAGACCCCAGCUGUCGCCUCUAAUGGCUGAUGUUUGAGGACCAUGGGCUCCAGAUGGCGUUCCGAAGUCUCCCAGCUCCACGCUCUGGCCUGUGAGUGCAGAUGUGGGACUCUGGGUUAGCCAUUCUUUGGAUACUAAAGAAGGUCACCAAAUAACUGGUCCCGUCAGGUUCUGAAAAAUAAACAUGAAACACGCCUCCAAAAAGCUGUAAAUUAUGCCAAAUAGCUUUCUUUCUGGACAAUGGCUUUUGUGUUAAUUUAGUUUGCAUUUCUUCACUAUAAUGUCUCAUUAAGACAUCUGUUCAGUGUCUAUAAUAUUAAUUUAAGAGAAGGGGUUCUAAUAGAAAUGGAUUUGGAAUCGUCCAUUUAAUUAACCCCAAGGGCCUUGAAUGGAUAUCUUAAAUAGAUACCAUUAACAAGAGUGCUAGACAAAUUAAAAUUAGAGUCA